AUGUCCUCUCCUUUACUUGAUGCCUCAGUCAGUCUCUACUCCCCGUUUUCCUUUUUUUUACGCGAGAAAUUGCGGCGUAAACUGCGAGCAGCAGCGAAUCGAGAGAGCCUCCUCAUCACUGGAGCGCGGAGCGGAUUCAGGGUUCGACCUUCGCUGAUGCGACGGCGUAUUUCGAAGAGGGGAGUUCUAAUUCCUUCUCCUUGCUUUCAUGGAGUGCUGAAGCUGUGGUCUUUGAAGCAAUGCCGCUGGUUUUCCUCUGCGAUCUCUAGAUUUUCUUUCCUCAACCUGCUUCGAUUUCAGCUCCUGUUCCUCUUCUUAUUCUCAUUCCGUGCCUUCUCCAGCGGUUGAUCUUGUUCGGUUAGAUGUAAGUUUAGGUUUUGGAGAUCUGGGGGACGAAGUCGUGCGUAACAACUCCGAGUUCGCUUCGGAUUCGAGAUUCCUUUCAGUCGAGGCGCUCGAUAGUUGGGGUUCAACUUCAGAUCUUCUCCUUCGGAGGUGCCAGUCUUAGAAUACGAGUUUCUUUUCAGUGUACUUGCAUUUGAUGGGUUGAAGCUUGAAUAUGGAGUAGGCUUUCUCAGUUCUUAUAGUCUCUCCUUUUUUCUUGCAGUGAAGCUGGACAGGAGAACCCCUAAAUUUGACUACUGAAUAGACUCAUCAUGUUCUUUAUGCCCUUUUCUUAAUUGAUUACUUCUGAUGGAUUACUUUUUGGCUCUCAUAGCACUUCCUUUGAUUGUUUUCUUAUUUUUCCCACCAUUUGUGAUUUGCAACUUAAUCUCAGAUGAGCAAGCCCUUUUAGACUUUGCAACUUCCAUCCCUCAUGGCCGUAAACUUAACUGGAGUUCUGAGAAUCCAAUUUGCUCCUCAUGGGUUGGAGUAACAUGCACACCUGAUAAUACUAGUGUGCGCACUCUUCGGCUGCCAGCAAUUGGCCUUUUUGGGAUGAUCCCCACUAAUACACUUGGAAGACUUGAUGCCCUUGAAGUCUUAAGCCUUCGAUCCAACCGCCUUAUGGCUAAUCUCUCUUCAGAUGUUUCAUCCAUUCCUUCUUUGCAUUUUCUGUACCUUCAACAUAAUAAUUUAUCUGGAUUCAUUCCUUCUUCACUAUCUUCAAAUCUUACAUUUCUUGAUCUCUCCUACAAUUCCUUCCUUGGAGAAAUUCCAGUGACAAUCCAGAAUCUUACUCACCUUACUGCGCUGUUACUUGAGAACAAUUUGUUGUCUGGACCCAUCCCUGACAUUGAACUCCCAAUGCUUAAACAUCUGAAUCUGAGUAAUAACAACCUUAGCGGACCCAUACCACAAUACCUCCAAAAGUUUCCAUCGGAAUCUUUUCUUGGUAACCCUUUACUCUGUGGAACUCCUUUAACAGCAUGCUCUGCUAUAUCUCCUCCAGGAGUACCUAAAAAAACCAAAAAAAGCUUUUGGAAAAGACUGAGCACAGGUGUCAUUAUUGGAAUUGCUGCAGGUGGAUCGGCACUUCUGAUUUUACUCAUCAUUUUAGUCCUAUUCUGUUUCUUCACGAGGAAAUCUGCAGAAGGUAACAGAAAACCGAAAGGAAAGGGAGCUCUUGGUGCAAGGAGUGAGAAAACUGAGUACAGCAGUAGUGCACAGGAGGCAGAGAAGAAUAAGUUGAGUUUCUUCGAGGGAUGCACAUAUAAUUUUGACUUGGAGGAUCUAUUAAGAGCUUCUGCUGAAGUUCUUGGUAAGGGAAAUCACGGGACUACAUACAAAGCAGUUCUAGAAGAUGGUACAACAGUAGUUGUGAAGAGGUUGAAAGAAGUUAUCAUUGGAAAGAGGGAGUUUGAACAACAAAUGGAAAUAAUUGGAAGGUUCAGGCCUCACCCUAAUGUAGUCCCACUGCGAGCUUAUUAUUACUCCAAAGAUGAGAAGCUUCUUAUAUAUGAUUAUCUUCCUUCUGGCAACAUCUCCUCUCUUUUACAUGCAGGAAGUAAGAGUGCUGGAAAGGCUCCCUUGGACUGGGAGUCCAGGGUGAAGAUUGCUCUUGGAGCUGCACGCGGCAUAGCACACCUUCAUACUGAUGGUGGGGGCAAAUUCAUCCAUGGAGACAUCAAAUCCAACAAUGUACUGCUAACCCAGGAAUUUGAUGCAUGUGUGUCUGAUUAUGGUCUUGCCCCAUUAAUGAGCACUUUGGCGACAGCAUCCAAAGUUGUGGUGGGCUAUCGAGCACCAGAAGUCAUCGAGAUCAAGAAGUACUCUCACAAAUCUGAUGUAUACAGCUUUGGUGUGUUGUUAUUGGAGAUGCUCACUGGAAAAGCCCCACUGCAGUCUCCAGGACGCGAUGAUGUUGUGGAUCUGCCGAGAUGGGUCCAAUCCGUGGUACGGGAAGAGUGGACUGCUGAAGUAUUUGAUGUGGAUCUUAUGAGACAUCAGCACAUUGAGGAAGAGAUGGUUCGAAUGCUUCAGAUUGCAAUGGCUUGUGUUUCAAAAGUUCCAGAUCAGCGACCUAAAAUGGAGGAAGUGAUCAGAAUGAUCGAGGAUGUCCGUCUCUCUGACUCAGAGAACAGACCAUCUUCGGACAAGUCAAAAGAUGACAAUGCCCCAACACCACAAGCAGAGACAGAGACAGAGAUCACAACGUAGAAGUUUAGACAUUAGGCUUUGCUUGGGAUUUAAUUCUGCAAGUUUCUUUGUUUAAAUUGAUAUUGAUGUUUGGUGAAGUUUGUUUCAAAGGUUGUUUGGGCAUCACCAUGUAUUUAUGCGAAGUAAACCAAUCUCUGCUCAUUUGGUUAAUUUUUUCUUUUUGCUAUUUUAUUUUCAGAUGGAUAUUAAUAAACAUUUCUGUUAGUUUUGUUUGGUGUCUACAUACUCAUUGUUCUUGACAUCUAAUUUUAUUGCUUCAUUGACAUCUAAUUUUAUUACCUUA